CCCAAACCAAAAACGACCCGACCCGAAACCAUACUACAUUCACUAACUCGGCCAUCUCACGCAGCCCACGCUAGAGUAACAAGCGCGAAGCACUGCGAUUAGGGCUUAGGGUUUUCAAGUUUCGAAGUUCAUCUCGAGAACGUAAGGUUGAAGGCACACCAAAACAAAGUUCAUUUCUUGGAAGAUGGCUGGGGUGUUGCGUUUUGGCAACCUUGCACCCAAGACCAAGAAUCUGGUGGUUGCUGGAGGGUUGACAGCAUUUGUUUUUGGUGUUUAUUUCUACACCAUGAGAGCUGUUGGAGGUACCGAUGAACUUCAGGUGGCUAUUGAUAAAUUUGAAGGGCAGAAAAACAAGAACUAGGUUGAAGCAAAGAUUGGCAUCCCAGGCCUAAUGUUUCUUGUUGUGGCUCCCGUUGGUUUUUUUUUUUUUUUUUUUUUUUGGAUCUUCAAAAUAACUUCAGUACAUAGUUUUCAAUCUAGUUUGGCAUCGAAGGCCUAAUCCUCUUGACUCUUUUUCUUUUUGAACAUGCAUGUUGAUGUAUUUGUUUAGAACUAAAAUAAAAUAAAAUAGACUUGAGUUGUUUGUGACGGGUGCA